CCGGGAGCCCCAGCCGGGAGCCCCAGCCGGGAGCUGCAGCAAGGAGCCGGGAGCUCCAGCAGGGAGCUGCAGCCGGGAGCCGGGAGCUGGGAGCCGGGAGCUGGGAGCCGGGAGCUGCAGCCGGGAGCCGCAGCCGGGAGCCGGGAGCCCAGCCGGGAGCCCCAGCCGGGAGCCGGGAGCCCCAGCCGGGAGCCCCCGCCCGGAGGUCGGAGCCCCAGCCCGGGGCGGCAGGCGCGCAGCUCCCGGGCCGCUCGCGGGCUCCCGCGCCAGGGCCUGCCGGCGAGCAUGCUGUAGCAGCCCGGCCCCGCCGCCUCCCGCUCCCGCGGCGCGCCGAGCCCCCAGCCCCGCCAGAUGCAGAGAGAGGCUGCGUUCAGACCGGGGCACUGCCAUCCCCUCCGCAUCAUGGGGUCUGUGGACCAAGAAGAACCGAAUGCACAUAAGGUCGCCAGCCCACCCUCCGGACUCGCAUACCCCGAUGAUGUCCUGGACUAUGGCCUCAAGCCAUACAGCCCCCUCCCCAGUCUCCCUGGCGAACCCCCCGGCCGAUUCGGAGAGCCGGAUAGGGUAGGGCCGCAGAACUUUCUGAGCGCGGCCAAGCCAGCGGGGCCCUCGGGCCUGAGCCCUCGGAUCGAGAUCACUCCAUCUCACGAACUGAUGCAGGCAGGGGGCCCCCUCCGCGGGAGAGACUCUGGCCUGCUGGGGGAGCAGCCGGCCCUGGCCGGCGUGGCCGGCAGCCCGCGGUUCACCCUGCCCGUGCCCGGCUUCGAGGGCUACCGCGAGCCGCUUUGCUUGAGCCCCGCUAGCAGCGGCUCCUCUGCCAGCUUCAUUUCCGACACCUUCUCCCCCUACACCUCGCCCUGCGUCUCGCCCAAUAACGGCGGGCCCGACGACCUGUGUCCCCAGUUUCAAAACAUCCCUGCUCAUUAUUCCCCCAGAACCUCGCCAAUAAUGUCACCUCGAACCAGCCUCGCUGAGGACAGCUGCCUGGGCCGCCACUCGCCCGUGCCCCGUCCGGCCUCCCGCUCCUCGUCGCCUGGUGCCAAGCGGAGGCACUCGUGUGCCGGGGCCUUGGCCGCCCCGCUGCCCGGAGCCUCGCCCCAGCGCUCCCGGAGCCCCUCGCCGCAGCCCCGGGACGACGGCGCCCCGGCCGGCUACCCCCCCGCGGCCGGCUCUGCCGUCCUCAUGGACGCCCUGAACAGCCUCGCCGCCGACUCGCCCUGCGGCAUCCCCCCCAAGAUGUGGAAGACGAGCCCCGACCCGUCGCCCGUGUCUGCCGCCCCGCCCAAGGCCGGCCUGCCCCGCCACAUCUACCCGGCCGUGGAGUUCCUGGGGCCCUGCGAGCAGGAGGAGGGCAGGAGCUCGGCCCCCGAGUCCAUCCUGCUCGUGCCGCCCACCUGGCCCAAGCAGCUGGUGCCAGCUAUUCCCAUCUGCAGCAUCCCAGUGACCGCAUCCCUCCCUCCGCUUGAGUGGCCGCUCUCCCACCAGUCGGGCUCCUAUGAGCUGCGGAUUGAGGUGCAGCCCAAGCCACAUCACCGGGCCCACUAUGAGACAGAAGGCAGCCGAGGAGCUGUCAAAGCUCCAACUGGUGGCCAUCCUGUCGUUCAGCUCCAUGGCUACAUGGAAAACAAGCCCCUGGGUCUUCAGAUCUUCAUUGGGACAGCUGAUGAGCGGAUCCUUAAGCCCCAUGCCUUCUACCAGGUGCACCGGAUCACAGGAAAAACCGUCACUACCACCAGCUAUGAGAAGAUUGUGGGCAACACCAAAGUCCUGGAGAUCCCUCUGGAGCCAAAAAACAACAUGAGGGCGACCAUUGAUUGUGCGGGGAUCCUGAAGCUUAGGAACGCUGAUAUCGAGCUGCGGAAGGGUGAGACGGACAUUGGCAGGAAGAACACGCGGGUGCGGCUGGUCUUCCGAGUGCACAUCCCAGAGUCCAGCGGGAGGAUCGUCUCCCUGCAGACAGCAUCUAACCCCAUCGAGUGCUCCCAGCGAUCCGCCCACGAGCUGCCCAUGGUGGAGAGACAAGACAUUGACAGCUGCCUGGUUUAUGGGGGCCAGCAGAUGAUCCUCACCGGACAGAACUUCACCGCCGAGUCCAAAGUCGUGUUUACUGAGAAGACCACAGAUGGGCAACAAAUUUGGGAGAUGGAAGCCACGGUGGAUAAAGACAAGAGCCAGCCAAACAUGCUUUUUGUUGAGAUCCCCGAGUAUCGAAACAAGCACAUCCGUGCAUCGGUGAAGGUGAACUUCUAUGUCAUCAAUGGGAAAAGAAAACGAAGUCAACCUCAGCACUUUACCUACCACCCAGUCCCAGCCAUCAAGACGGAGCCCACUGAUGAAUACGACCCCACCUUGAUCUGCAGCCCUGCCCACGGGGGCCUGGGGAGCCAGCCUUACUACCCACAGCACCCGAUGGUGGCGGAGUCCCCCUCCUGCCUCGUGGCCACCAUGGCACCCUGCCAGCAGUUCCGCUCGGGGCUCUCGUCCCCCGAUGCCCGCUACCAGCAGCAGAACCCAGCGGCCGUCCUCUACCAGCGGAGCAAAAGCCUGAGCCCCAGCCUGCUGGGCUACCAGCAGCCGGCCCUCAUGGCCACCCCCCUGUCCCUGGCGGACGCCCACCGCUCGGUGCUGGUACACGCUGGCUCCCAGGGCCAGGGCUCCACCCUGCUGCACUCGUCUCCCACCAACCAGCAGGCCUCGCCGGUGAUCCACUACUCGCCCACCAACCAGCCGCUGCGCUGCGGCGGCCACCAGGAGUUCCAGCACAUCAUGUACUGCGAGAAUUUUGCGCCUGGCACCGCCAGGCCCGGCCCACCUCCCGUGAGUCAAGGUCAGAGGCUGAGCCCGGGGUCCUACCCCACGGUCAUCCAGCAGCAGAACGCCACCAGCCAAAGAGCCGCCAAAAACGGACCCCCGGUCAGUGACCAAAAGGAAGUAUUACCUGCAGGAGUGACAAUUAAACAGGAGCAGAACUUGGACCAGACCUACUUGGAUGACGUUAAUGAAAUUAUCAGGAAGGAGUUUUCAGGACCUCCCGCCAGAAAUCAGACGUAGAAGAUGCCAUUAGCAAGACACCUUCCGUAUCUGACCCCCUGGAGCCUUCCACUGCCCUCACCUCUGUUUCCUUUCCUGUUACAUCUCCCGGCCCGGAGGCCACCCGCGGGACACGGUUGUGGCAGAAAGCUGACUCGAUUCAGGAGCUCGCCACCUCUCGGUGUCCACACCAGAGAGAACACUCUGCCUUUUGAUUUGUGUCUUAAAUCCCAGAGAGCAUCUCGGUUGACUUUCAUGGUGUCCCGUCCAAACCUUAAGUGCCUGCUGACCAAAACCACAUUCUGAACAAGACAGCGCGCUGGAGCGGCCCUGAGGACGGCGAGAGCGGAGCUGGGGGCGCGGGCUGGGGUGGGGGAAUGGAAGACGUGGGCCCCGUGAUUAAACCCCAGCCCUGCCUUCAUUUUUCCAGGUCACAGAUACAGCUCCUGUACCUUUUGAAGGAAAGGAGUUUUCACACAGAGCCACCAAAGGAAUGUGACCCGAGAGCCUGGCUUCCAGGCCGAAGCAAAACAGCCGGACUGUCACCCUUAGGGACCGACUGCCUCUCCCAGGCCGUGGUCGGGCCACGGCUCCAGCCUUAUUUUUUGGUUUUCUCCUGAAGCAAAAACGCUCUGGCCCCCCACGACAUUACCUGUUCAAACUCAGCGUUAAGUUAUGACAUGUGUCCACGCUUUUAUGUUGGUCUCCGCUGCAAAAAGCUGGCCACGGGUGGCUGGAGGAGGAGCUCUCGGGGCCAGCUGCCCGUCACCCCUGCAGCCAGCCGUGGGGACUGGAAGCAGGGACCCCGGGCCCUGGAGCGAGCGCCCGUCUUCCGCAGCCCUGCAACCCAAUGGCUUUCUGCUAAGUCUCGCUUGCCUUCUUCCUAGCGGCCAGACUGCUUUUCCAUAAACUAGUGAAGGAGAAUCUCCAGCAUGUGCAUUGAAUGUUGAGAAGGAAUCGUAGAAGAGCUACAGCAAGCAAAAGAAAAAAAGAAAAAAAAAUCAAACAGCACAGGUAUUUUUUGUGAAGUGUGAAAUGAGGCAACUGGCAGGCCUAAGUGUUUCUCUGAGUGGGUUCCCCCACGACAAGGGGUGGAUUCCUUCUCUCUGGCCUAGACUUAAAGUGAGACAACAAGCUCAGGCUUUAGCCCCAAAGUUCAUUGGUUAUUAUUAUUUUUUUAACCUGCACCCUUUUAAAGCGCCCCCGCCCCAAGACCUGUCUGCAUUAGCUGCUGCUUCUGCAUCGAAGAGAAUCAGCCCACGUGCAUCCCUCACUUGGAAGGAGCUCUGCCCAGACUGGUCAUAUGGGGAUCUUCUCCCCACUUGUCUCCCCUGCACACACCGAGUCCUCAAGAGUCUUCCUCCUUUGGUGCAGUUUUUGCAAACACACAAAACUCUCAAAAGUUGCCCACAGGGGCGGUUCUCAUCACACAGAGGUGUUCCUGUUUGCAUUUAUUGCGGGCACCCCGGGACAAGCCAGGGAUUCCUUUUCCGCCAUUCGGUUUCUUCCCCAGUAAAUCAGCACAGAAUGUAAAUAUUCCUGGCUCUCUUCGGAAGGCUCCACUUAGGGAUUUAUUUCUCAGUCUGCAAAUCUGCCAGGUAGGAGCCCAGGAAGAGAAUCGUGGCCGUUAAGGGCUCGCUGUGGGUUUUCCAAGUCCUGGCUUUCUCGUCAAGGUGACAUAGAGGUUAAACCUUGCUCAUAGCUUGACCAGGAGCCUGAGGCUCGGUGACUACGGCCCAGUGGUGGGCCUGGUGCUCCAGAGAGAGGACCGGACACCCCCGGCUGUGACCUUUCAAUCAAGACCUAGCUUUUAUUUUCCCCCAACAGCUGGGGACCUCUCUUCAAGCACAAAGUUUGGCAAAAUCCUCUUCCAUACAAAAUGCCAGUAAGAACUUGUCAUUGCAGAGCUUGUGGGAUGUGAAAUUCUUCCUAAUAAAAAGACUCCUUAUACCAGCAGCUUUACCUAAAGCAUUCUCUCUCCAGCAAUAUUGACUUUCCUGGGGAAGAGUUUAAGUGUUUGGUGAGUGAUCUGGUCUCACUUGACCUGGCUAGGAACCUUUUUUUUUUUUUUUUUUUUGCACAUGAGGGAACUUGGCCUUUCCUUGGUUAUCUGAAUGUUCUCCCCAAGUGCCUUCCUGCUAUUGUAGCAAACUUGCUCUGCUUCAUCGUACAUGGAUGGGCCGAACAAGGGCUAACGUGUUUUCCAUCAGUCUUCUGUCGGUGAACAGGGCCUCCCGCUAGUUCAGACACUUGUACAGAUCCACAUAUGUACGUGUGUGUGUGUGUGUGUGUCUAAUGCACACACAAGCUUUUUCUAAGACCUCCUAGCUGGAUAGUAGAGGAAGCACUUUCAUAAACAACUCUACCGAAUAACAAAGGAAAGAGAAACCAAAGCAUUAGUUUGAGACCUAAACAGGUAAGAGAAUGUGUAUCAGGAGCCGACAGCUAUCAAGAAAGUUGGGUCGGUAACAAUUGCCAGGAGGAAGUUUUGCCAAGAGGAAUUGCUCAUGAAAUAUUUUUUUCAGUCUGGGAAGAGGCAAUAAGAUCCUCUAAGAGAAGGAGAAAAUAAGGAUGUCUAAGUGGUAAAGAUGUGUGUGUUGCACGUGAUAGAAGGAUCUCAGGUCGAGGUUUGCACUUGCUACAUCCAAGGUAAUGUAAAUAUGUAGCACUGCCAACAGGAAUCUACCGUGUUGCUGAAUGUAGUAUAUUUCCAAAGUUUGCAAGUCUUCCUGUAUUGUACAAAAAUACUGCUGCUUGAUAAUAUAUAAGAGCGAUCCAAAUUAGUAGGUUAUUAAAUUUUAUUUUCUUAUCUGUAUUUUUAUGCUUUUUAUCUGUCCUGAAGAUAUCACACAACACCCCCUGUUGGAAUCAGAAAAUAUUUAUAAAUGGUUGAAAUCUUUUUCAAGUGUUACUUUUUACAUACAUUGAUGAUUUCUUUCCCCUAAGGGAAAUGAUGUAUUCUUGAAAUUUUGUAAUUCAUUCUAGCAAAAAAAAAAAAAAGAAAGAAAGAAAAAAAAAGAAAAACAACAAAAAGCAAAAACAAACCAAAGCAAAACACAAAAACCCACCUCCGAGUCUGUCGAGUCACCUGAGUCGUAGAAGAAAGUGUCUCUGGAGUAAGGGAUGGAUUUGUAGAAGAAGGAACCUUCUAAUUGUUGCUUGAGAGGACACGGACUUCAGCUCUGAGCCUUCCUCUGGUCACGGAGGAGAAUUGUGAAGUGUUGAGAUCCCCCAAAGCAGUAGUCCAGGAGGUGAUUUUGAUUUAAAAACAAAACUGCCUGUGUUGUGAUGGGAUUCUGGAAAAUGUUCACAGAACCCUAAGGGCAGGCUCAUGUUUACAGAGCUGACCAAAUCCUGGUAGGUAACCCCCAUACGCAUUAUCUAAAGGACCUGCAGAGUUUUCCAGCAUAGACACACCCUAGAUGAAUCAGAUUGAUUCCUUCUAGAAACUGGGAAGCACUGAUGUGGCCUUUCUUGUUUACAUCCAGUAGCCAAGACGUGGGUCUCAGGAAGCCAGCCUUGGCCAGUGUGGGAGCUGUCACAUUUAGAUUGGAAGCUGAUGUGUUCUACUUGUCACUCUGAACUAAAGGGAGGGCUGAAUGUGUUUAUUUUCAUGUCAAACACUUUCCAAGUGCUUUCUAUUUACCAGAAUUGAAAGACUGUCAGAGGUCCGACUAACAGUUUUUGUUCAUGUUUACAAGAGGCAUUGGGGGUUGUGACACUCUUGAUAAGCUGGGCUACACUUUCCUGCACUCAUUUUUUUGGAGGGCUAACCCUUUAGCAGGUACCACCCAACACAUCCUAACCUCCCAUCUCCCAAGCCUGGAGCUUGGGCAAUAAAUCUCAUGGAGCCAAAGCAGCCAAUGCAAGUGUUUUCCUGCAUUCCAGCUACAGAAGGAUCACACAGAACCGGGACUGCAAACAUCAAUUACCCUCAGCUUUCAGGAGUACCUGGAGUUACAACCACCAUCACCAUCUUAACUCAGUUUGUUUAAAAACAAACGUUUCUGUGAUUGGUAAGCUAGAGAUGGUCCCUAAAGCAAGCCCCUCUGAAAACGAGAUGGGGUGCUGGGUGCUGGAAAAAAAUCAUUUAACACUCUGCCUUGAUGCGGCUGUUAGCAGACCAAACGCCUGCCUGGUUCAGGGUUUGGAUGCAAAGGCCACUGUUUCCAGCAGAGCAGGUGCCUUCAGCAUUGCGAUUGGCUCGAGCAGACAGAGGCUUUGGUUAGAACAAGCUUAGCAUCCUGAGCAUCUUGUUAAAGAACCUUCCUUACUCCCAUUGCCUCUACAGCCCUUAGAGGGGAGAAAUGUUGACAACACCCUAAUUAGUUCUCUAACAAAUAGAAAGAAUGCUCUCCAACGGGGUGGUGCUAGAAGGCUUAGGAUUUUCGAAAUCUUGACUGUUAAAGAAGUUUGAAUACAUCACAUUCCUAUGCAAAAUGUUUUUAAUCUCCAGUUUAAUGUAGUUUAUUUUUGCUAUAUGUAAAGUAUUUUUAUACGGCUUGUAUCAUGAUAGUUUAGCAAUAAAACAGUUGA